CCGACAUUCCAGAGGGAAUUCCCAACUGGAAUUACCCCCCUGACCCUCCCCAGUGCCCCAGGAUCCCAGUUCAGCCCAGUUUGGCCCAGUUUAUCCCAGUUUAUUUCCAGUUUAUCCCACUGGGAUGGAGCUGGAAGCGACUCCGAGCUCAUCCCACGUCCUCUCCAGCCCCAUCCAAGCCCCUAUUCCAUGUUUUUCCUUGGAAAAAUCUUCCAAUUCCCACUUGAAAUUACCCCCCAAACUCCCCCAGUACCCCUGGAUCCCAGUUUACCCCAGUUUGGCCCAGUUUAUUCCCAGUUUAUUCCCAGUUUAUCCCACUGGGAUGGAGCUGGAAGCGACUCCGGGCUCGUCCCAGCCCCAUCCCAGCCUCCAUUCCAUGUUUUUCCUUGUCCAUUCCAUGUUUUUCCUUGGAAAAUAACCCCAAUUCCCACCUGGAAUUACCCCCCACACCUCCCCCAGAGCCCCAGGAUCCCAGUUUACCCCAGUUCAGCCCAGUUUGGCCCAGUUUAUCCCAGUUUAUUCCCAGUUUAUCCCCCCGGGAUAGAGCUGGAUGUGGAUCCUGAGGUGGCUCUGGCCCUGAAUUCCUGGUUUUCCUUGGAAAAAUCUUCCAAUUCCCACUUGGAAUUACCCCCUCAAACUCCCCCAGUACCCCUGGAUCCCAGUUCAGCCCAGUUUGGCCCAGUUUAUCCCAGUUUAUUCCCAGUUUAUCCCACUGGGAUGGAGCUGGAAGCGACUCCGGGCUCGUCCCAGCCCCAUCCCAGCCUCCAUUCCAUGUUUUUCCUUGGAAAAAACCCCCCCAAUUCCCACCUGGAAUUACCCCCCACACCUCCCCCAGGGCCCCUGGAUCCCAGUUCAGCCCAGUUUGGCCCAGUUUAUCCCAGUUUAUCCCACUGGGAUGGAGCUGGAAGCGACUCCAGGCUCGUCCCAGCCCCAUCCCAGCCUCCAUUCCAUGUUUUUCUUGGAAAAAAAAACCCAAUUCCCACCUGGAAUCACCCCCCACACCUCCCCCAGAGCCCAAGGAUCCCAGUUUACCCCAGUUUGGCCCAGUUUAUUCCCAGUUUAUCCCCCCGGGAUGGAGCUGGAUGUGGAUCCUGAGGUGGCUCUGGCCCCGAAUUCCUGGUUUUCCUUGGAAAAAUCUUCCAAUUCCCACUUGGAAUUACUCCCUCAAACUCCCCCAGUGCCCCAGAAUCCCAGUUCAGCCCAGUUUGGCCCAGUUUAUCCCAGUUUAUUCCCAGUUGAUCCCACUGGGAUGGAGCUGGAAGCAACUCCAGGCUCAUCCCAGCCCCAUCCCAGCCUCCAUUCCAUGUUUUUCCUUGGAAAAAAAACCCAAUUCCCAACUGGAAUCACCCCCCCACACCUCCCCCAGUGCCUCUGGAUCCCAGUUCAGCCCAGUUUACCCCAGUUUGGCCCAGUUUAUUCCCAGUUUAUCCCAUUGGGAUGGAGCUGGAAGCAACUCCAGGCUCGUCCCAGCCCCAUCCCAGCCUCCAUUCCGUGUUUUUCCUUGGAAAAAAAACCCUUAAAUUCCCACCUGGAAUUACCCCCCACACCUCCCCCAGAACCCCAGGAUGCCGGUUCAUCCCAGUUUGGCCCAGUUCAGCCCAGUUUGGCCCAGUUUAUUCCCAGUUUAUCCCACUGGGAUGGAGCUGGAAGCGACUCCGGGCUCGUCCCAGCCCCAUCCCAGCCUCCAUUCCAUGUUUUUCCUUGGAAAAAAACCCCAAUUCCCACCUGGAAUUACCCCCCACACCUCCCCCAGAGCCCCUGGAUCCCAGUUCAGCCCAGUUUGGCCCAGUUUGUCCCAGUUUGUCCCACUGGGAUGGAGCUGGAAGCGACUCCGGGCUCGUCCCAGCCCCAUCCCAGCCUCCAUUCCAUGUUUUUCCUUGUCCAUUCCAUGUUUUUCCUUGGAAAACCCCCCCAAUUCCCACCUGGAAUUACCCCCCACACCUCCCCAGAGCCCCAGGAUCCCAGUUUACCCCAGUUCAGCCCAGUUUGGCCCAGUUUAUCCCAGUUUAUUCCCAUUUUUCCCACUGGGAUGGAGCUGGAAGCGACUCCAGGCUCAUCCCAGCCCCAUCCUAGCCUCCAUUCCAUGUUUUUCUUGGAAAAAAAACCCCCAAUUCCCACCUGGAAUCACCCCCCACACCUCCCCCACUGCCCCUGGAUCCCAGUUUACCCCAGUUUAUCCCAGUUUAUUCCCAGUUUAUCCCCCCAGGAUGGAGCUGGAAGCGACUCCGGGCUCGUCCCAGCCCCAUCCCAGCCUCCAUUCCAUGUUUUUCCUUGGAAAACCCCCCCAAUUCCCACCUGGAAUCACCCCCUGACCCUCCUCAGUGCCCCAGGAUCCCAGUUUACCCCAGUUUGAUCCCAGUUUAUUCCCAGUUUACCCCAGUUUGAUC